GGGUAUGACAUUAUUCCAUACCUGCCUCCUAAAACGAAAUAUGGAAGCAAAAAAGUACGGAGUGUAGUUGCUGCAGUCCAGGGCAGUCGAAAAAUCAACAUUGUUUUAUCUUGCGAUGGUCGCCCUAUUCUUCCCAUAUUUCAGUUCCACAGUUCGGUUGUUAUGAACUACUUCACACCGACAACUAUUUUCUCUGCCUAUCCUGCUCUCACCUUGCAAUUCAAAGGCCUCAUCAAUCCUAUGGCAUGUACGCGUCAUCACAUGCUUCCUCCACGUACAAUGCGUGCGUUGAUUAAAUAUGCCAAUCGCGGCUUUGAAUUCGCAUCC